UUCCUAGCUGAAAUAUGUUUCUUCUCAGCAGGUUUCUACUUGUAAAAGACAAUGACUACUGAUGAAGGUGCCAAGAACAAUGGAGAAAACCCAGCAGCAGCUGUUGCUGAACAGGGAGAGGAUAUUACCUCCAAAAAAGAUAGAGGAGUAUUAAAGCUUAUCAGAAGAGUGGGGAAUAGUGAGGAAACACCAAUGAUUGGAGACAAAGUUUAUGUCCAUUACAAAGGAAAAUUGUCAAAUGGGAAGAAAUUUGAUUCCAGUCAUGAUAGAAACGAACCAUUUGUCUUUAGUCUUGGCAAAGGCCAGGUUAUCAAGGCAUGGGACAUUGGUGUGGCUACCAUGAAGAAAGGAGAGAUGUGCCAUUUACUCUGCAAACCAGAAUAUGCAUAUGGCUCUGCUGGCAGUCUCCCCAAAAUUCCCUCGAAUGCAACUCUCUUUUUUGAGAUUGAGCUCCUUGAUUUCAAAGGAGAGGAUUUAUUUGAAGAUGGAGGCAUUAUCCGAAGAAUUAAACGGAAAGGAGAAGGGUAUUCAAACCCAAACGAAGGAGCGACAGUAGAAAUCCACCUGGAAGGCCGCUGUGGAGGAAGGAUGUUUGAUUGCAGAGAUGUAGGGUUCAUCGUUGGCGAAGGAGAAGACCACGACAUUCCAAUUGGAAUUGACAAAGCUCUGGAGAAAAUGCAGCGUGAGGAACAAUGUAUUUUAUAUCUUGGACCACGAUAUGGUUUUGGAGAGGCAGGGAAGCCUAAAUUUGGCAUUGAACCUAAUGCUGAACUUAUAUAUGAAGUUACACUUAAGAGCUUCGAAAAGGCCAAAGAAUCCUGGGAAAUGGAUACCAAAGAAAAAUUGGAACAGGCUGCCAUUGUCAAAGAGAAGGGAACAGUGUACUUCAAGGGAGGCAAGUACAUGCAGGCGGUGAUUCAGUAUGGGAAGAUAGUGUCCUGGUUAGAGAUGGAAUAUGGCUUAUCGGAGAAGGAAUCUAAAGCCUCUGAAUCGUUUCUGCUCGCUGCCUUCCUGAACCUGGCCAUGUGCUACCUGAAGCUCAGAGAGUACACCAAAGCCGUCGAGUGCUGUGACAAGGCCCUUGGACUGGACAGUGCCAAUGAGAAGGGCUUGUACAGGAGGGGCGAAGCCCAGCUGCUCAUGAACGAGUUUGAGUCAGCCAAGGGCGACUUUGAGAAAGUGUUGGAAGUAAACCCCCAAAAUAAGGCUGCAAGACUGCAGAUCUCCAUGUGCCAGAAAAAAGCCAAGGAGCACAAUGAGCGGGACCGCAGGAUCUAUGCCAACAUGUUCAAGAAGUUUGCAGAGCAAGAUGCAAAGGAAGAGGCCAGUAAAGCAAUGGGCAAGAAGAAUUCAGAAGGGGUCACCAAUGAAAAAGAAACAGAAAGUCAAUCAAUGGAAGAAGAGAAAGCUGAGGGACACGUAUGACACCACGCCAGGGAGGGAAGAGUCCUUGUGAACUCGGCCCCUCCUCCAUGGGCAUGCCCCCAACUCAGGACUAAACAGUGUUUAAUGUAAAGUUUGUUAUAGUCUAUGUGAUUCUGGAAGCAAACGGCAAAACCAGUAGCUUCCUAAAAACCACCACCCUGCUGCUGCCCAGAGCUCUCCUUGAGGGGGUGGCAUGGGACCACUCCAGGUGGAACAAAGCGGCGGCUGUUGGUGUGGAGAGAUUGAGCCAACAGCCUAGUCCAGCUCAUUUCAGUUAUGUCAACUUGCAAUAUCCAGUUCAGGGUCCCUUGAGAUAAUUCUAACAAUUGGGGGCUGUCUGUCAGGUUUUCCAUUUGAUUGAACUUUAAUACACUGCAGAAACCUACCAAUAAAUGCUUAAUGAGUU